UCAUUGGACUACAAACAGAUGGCACUGCAAGCGAGGUAACCAACUACGCCCCCAGACUCGCGUUAGGAAGCGCGUUGCAUUGUGGAUGAUGAAGUUUUUUAAUCAGACUGUUUCAAAGCAAGUUAAUGCCCCCACGUCUUGUCGUUGGACUACAAACGUGGACGACGCAGGAAGUGACGUACAAAGAGUUCACAGUUCAAUUGGGUGUCCACGGGCACGCGUGCAUUUCUGCAAAACACCCAAAUGAAACAAUUUAAACAAACUUUUAAGUCGUUUUUAAAUAUUAAAAAAAAUGCUCCGAGAUAUUUCUUCCUCGAGCGAGGACGAGGCGGACAAGUUGCCAGCGGAGGCGUCGUUUAAGCGAAAAGAAUUGGAGAAGAGCAGCACGUAUAAAUGUCCUGAUGACUUUGUGUGCCUGAACCACAAACCUUGCACCAGUACGCUGAUGGAGAGGUUGAAGAGCACCAAGAGCGAAUUGUGGCUAGUUAAAGCGCCUCCCAGCUUUGAUCCACGAUGUUUGCGUGGUGUGGACGUGAACCUUUCCGGUUUUCAGACUCUGAAGCUCCCUUCAGCAGUGGACGGGGGAGACCACCACCAGCAGGUGUACAACAUCAUAUCGUCCAAUCACGCCACCUCCGACCUCCGCUUGCUCACCGCCGAUUCGUCAUCCCCGACGGUCGGACCCGCCUUCUCCGGCCUACUGAGCAUAUGCGAGAGUUACGGAGGCGACCGCAUGCAGCCCCACGUCAUCCACGCACCCCCCGCGCCAGCACUCCCGCCCGGACUCAAGCAGAGAUUCCAGCCAUUCGGAAGCAAGACGCCCAUCACGACAAGGGAAGCCCAGGAUGGAGACGGGAAGAGGAGGAAGAAGAAGAAGAAAAAAAAGGACAAGCAUAUCAAAACUGAGGAAGAGGAAUUGCCGAUCAAACAAGAAGUUGAGGAAACAGUCCAGGAACGGAGGACAAAGAAGAGGAAAAAGAAAGACUGGGAUGACGAAGAGAAGGACGUGUCCAUUGUGCAUGUGAAAAGUGAACAGGAAGAGGACAUUUUGCCUAAAGAUGACAGCUCAUCCAAAAAGAAAAAGAAGAAAAACAAAACGGAUGAUUACUAAAUUUCAUCAUCUCAGAACUGAACUUGAGCUAUUUUUGAAAGCCAAGUGCCUGGACGUAUCUGUCCUAGCUGACCGAGGCUUUGUUUCACCCUGUACUGGUCGCCAGCUAAUCAACUAGUUUCACGUACGAGUUGUUCUGUGACCAUCCUUGUAAGUCAAAGAUAUUCUCCGUUAUAAAUAAAGGAAAUGCCGUUCAUCUGUUACAGCAAAAGUGCCUCACACCCUGGAUUGGUUGCAGACCUAUUGACCAGUCGCACGAGCGUACACUCAUUUUAACAUAAAGACAACUUGGUUGUCAAUUGAGCAAAUAUCUUUUUGGAAUGCGUUAGCAAAAAAACCUGAACACACAUGAUUAGAACCCAUGAUAUCCAAUGUUUCACGGUGCUGCCCAUAUAUAGAGUGCUGGCCAAAAGUAUAUCAUCAUUUAUUUUGCUUGCAAUGAAAAGGCACAGAAGAAAAUGAAAAAAUAAUUAUCAUUUUACACAAAACUCCAAAAAUGGGCCUGACAAAAGUAUUGGCACCCUCAGCCCAAUACUUGGUAGCACAACCUUUAGACAAAAUAACUGCCAACAAUCGCCUCCGGUACCCAUCAAUGAAUUUCUUACAAUGCUCUGCUGGAAUUUUAGACCAUUCUUCAUUGGCCAACUGCUCCGGGUCUCUUGAGAUUUGACGGGUGCCUUCUCCAAACUGCCAUUUUCAGAUGUCUUCACAUGUGUUCUAUGGGAUUCGGGUCUGGACUCAUUACUGGCUACAUUAGAAGUCUCCAGUGCUUUCUCUCAAACCAUUUUGAAGUGUGUUUUGGGUUAUUGUCCUGCUGGAAGACCCAUGACCUCUGAGGGAGACCCAGCUUUCUCACACUGGGCCCUACAUUAAGCUGCAAAAUUUGUUGGUAGUCUUCAGACUUCAUAACGGUCUUCACACGGUCAAGUAGUCCAUUGCCAGAGGCAGCUAAGCAAACCCAAAACAUCAGGGAACCUUCGCUAUGUUUGACUGUGGGCACCGUGUUUUUCUUUGAGGGCUUAGUUUUUUCCCUGUGAAUUCUAUGUUGAUGCCUUUCCCCAAAAACUUAUACUUUUGUCUCAUCUGACCAGAGAACAUUCUUCCAAAAUGAUUUUGUCUUUCUCAUGUAAGUUUUGGCAAACUCCAGCCUGGCCUUUUUUUUAUGUUUCUGGGUCAGAAGUGGGGUCUUCCUGGGUAUCCCAGCAUAGUCCCUUUUCAUUCAGACGCCGACGGAUGGGACGGGUUGACACUGUUGUACCCUCGGACUGCAGGACAGCUUGAACUUGUUUGGAUGUCAGUCCAGGUUCUUUAUCCACCAUCCGCACAAUCUUUUGUUGAAAUCUCUUGUAAAAUUGUUCUUUUCCGUCCACAUCUAGGGAGGUUCGCCACAGUGCCAUGGACUUUACACUUGUUGAUGACACUGCGCACUGAAAACACAGGUACAUUCAGGUCUUUGGAGAUGGACUUAAUAGCCUUGAGAUUACCCAUGCUUCCUCACAAUUUUGCUUCUCAAGUUGUCAGACAGUUCUUUAGUCUUCUUUCUUUUCUCCAUGCCCAUUGUGGUACACACAAGGACAGGGGGCAGAGGUUGAGUCAACUUUAAUCCAUUUUAACUGGUUGCAAGUGUGAUGUAGUUAUUGCCACCACCUGUUAUGUGCCAUAGGUAUGUAACAAGUGCUGUUAAUUACACAAAUUCGAGAACCAUCACGUGAUUUUUCACAGGGUGCCAAUACUUUUGUCUGGCUCAUUUUUGGAGUUUUUGUAAAAUAAUAAUGAUUUAAUAUUUUCCCAUCCUUUUUUGUGUUCUUCAUUGCAAGCAAAAUAAAUGAAGAUAUUACUACCAAAGCAUUUGUAAUUGCAAUCAUUUUCUGGGAGAAAUUGAGCAUUAUCUGACAGAAUUGCAGGGAUGUCAAUACUUUUGGCCAGCAGUGUACUAGGGCUGCAGCUAUCGAGUAUUUUAG